GCGGGAAAAUCUCAAAACCGUACUCGUUUAACACAGAAUAUUACACUAGCGGGCAACAGGGAGAGAGCAUUUUCUGAUGGCGGGAGGGCGGCCGAUAAGGGCGCUGAACGUGGCGGAGAAGCCGUCGGUGGCAAAGGCGGUGUCGGGAAUACUCUCAAAGAGCCCAUCGAGCGGGGGGCUUAGAGUUCGAGACGGGCGGUCGAGAUACAACAAGAUUUUUGAGUUUAAUUACACCAUUCAAAACCAGCACUUUCACAUGUCUUUUACUUCCGUCACUGGCCAUCUCAUGGAGCUCGAAUUCGAGGAACGCUAUCGCAAGUGGCAUUCCUGCGACCCUGUUCAACUAUACCAAGCCGCCGUCAAGAAAUAUGUUCCCGAGGAUAAGUUAGAUAUCAAGAGGACGCUGGAGGAAGAAGCUAGAAAGUGUCAGUGGCUUAUCCUGUGGCUUGAUUGCGAUAGAGAAGGAGAAAAUAUAGCAUUUGAGGUCGUUGAAGUUUGCACACAAGCAAAUCGAAAUCUUAACAUCUGGAGAGCUCGUUUCUCAGCAUUAAUUGACAGAGAAAUUCAUUACUCAAUGCAACACCUUGUUCGACCUAAUCAACUGUUUGCCGAUGCAGUAGAUGUUCGACAAGAAAUAGAUCUUCGUAUAGGUGCUUCUUUCACUAGGUUUCAGACUAUGCUUUUGAGAGAUGCAUUUAACCUUGAUUUCAAUACGGAUGACAAAAAUAUCAUCUUAAGCUAUGGUCCUUGCCAGUUCCCCACACUGGGCUUUGUUGUGGAGAGAUUCUGGGAAAUACAAUCACACGAACCUGAAGAGUUCUGGACAAUUAACUGUACUCACAAUUCGGAGGAAGGCAUUGCUACAUUUAGUUGGACGCGCGGUCAUUUGUUUGAUUACACAUGUGCGGCAAUAAUAUAUGAAAUGUGUGUCCAAGAACCCACUGCAACUGUAACCAGAGUUAGACAACAGGAGAAGCUGAAAUAUCCUCCUCAUCCUCUAAGUACAAUUGAGCUUGAGAAACGCGCAUCACGCUACUUUCGUAUGAGUUCUGAACACACCAUGAAGGUGGCAGAAGAUUUAUAUCAAGCUGGUUUUAUUAGCUAUCCGCGCACUGAGACUGACAGCUUUUCAGAGAGAACAAAUUUGCACAUGAUGGUACAAGAGCAGCAAGGGCACCCUGUAUGGGGCUCAUAUGCCCAAAGGUUGCUGGAUCCUGAAGCACGACUUUGGAGAAAUCCUAGUGGUGGUGGGCAUGAUGACAAAGCCCACCCUCCUAUUCACCCUACAAAGUUUUCGGCUGGAGAAGCUGGAUGGAGUCAAGAUCACCAUAAAUUAUAUGAACUGGUGGUUCGCCAUUUCCUGGCCUGUGUUUCACAACCAGCAGUAGGGGCUGAGACUACAGUUGACAUUGACAUUGCAGGAGAACUGUUUUCUGCAUCUGGGAGAAUGAUAAUUGCAAAAAACUACUUGGAUAUAUAUCGAUUUGAAUCAUGGGGUGGUUCAAUGAUCCCAACAUACAAUUUUGGACAACAGACAUUGUAA